AAUAAACCUGAUUUUAUGUUUUAGGGAUUGUCUGCUGACAGUGGGUUUGUUUGAAGGUUUGUUUGCUCUCAAUGUACCACUAGUCUUGACUCUUCUACCUAAACUACCCCACUAUGUGUUUGACCAUAAUGUACACCCGUUUAGAAGGAGCAAGGCACUAGAAUUUCUAAUGAUAUUUUGGAAAACAAAUCGCAUACUCCAAGACUCAGCUGAUGACCAUUUGGAUUUAAUGAGAAAAGUGUCAAAACGAUUGUACAAAGACUUCAUAAAGAUGUUGGAAGAACCUUUUGAUCGAGUACAGCCAAAGUUUGUGGCUUUUCUGAGGAAAGCCUUUUCUUUUAUUCAAAGCAAAAAUUGGCUACCUGAUGUUGAUUGGCAAAAUCUCUCGCAGUCCUUGACACAGUUCCAGAAAACUCACUGUGUGAAAUCAAAUGCCAGGAAAGGGACAAUGAAUGGUCAUGGCAAUGAUCACACUGAAGAUAUGGAAGUUGAGGUCAGUGAUGACCAGAAGCAAGAUGUAUCUCAAAGUGAAUCUGAAAAAGAGCUUGUGAAAGCAACUAAAGAAAAAGAAAAACUGAAUUCAGAAGAAGACGAAGUUGUGCAAGAUGAAGUUGUCGAAGAUGAAGAAAGUGUAGAAGAUGGUGUGACAAAUUCUACUGGAGAAGGAAAAUCAUCAGAAGAAAGUGAAGAACCGUUGAGUGAACCUGAAGAAGAACCACCCAGGAAAAAAUUAAAGAAAAAGUCUGACAAGAAAAAAAAUCAUGAAAAAAUUAAGCGUACACAACUAUUGAAAAAUAAUUCUAAAAAAAUGCGACUGGAAGCAAUGGCUGUUGGUUUGGAUGAGAAUAUAUUCAGUAAAUAUAAAAUGUUAAUGAACAACACUUCACCACCAUCUCCAGAUCGGUGAACUGAGUCACUCUCACAUUAGUAAAUUCUCACAUGAUGAGCUGCAACUGCCAAUUACUAACAUAUUUUUAAAGUUGUUAUUACUUAGAGUAUUUGAAGAUAUAGGUCAAAUAAAACAGUUCAAACUAGAUAACACUUGUUUCCUGUAUAUAAAUGUAUAGAACAUUUAAUAUAAUUGAACACUUAAAUUACAAGAUACCCAGCCAUAAUUGUAACUACAUAUUAAAUAAGUGUAGCUAAACUAAAGUAUGGUAACUUUUGUUUGCAAUAAAAUAAAGUUGAAAACGUUUAGGAAAAAGCAUGUAAUGUUGUUAAAGAAGAGAAUUUGUAGAUAUAAUUGUAUAUCUAUUCUUCUUUACUAUGAAUGAUUUGUUUGAUAUGUUCAACAUAUUUUAAUUAUUUAUUUCAGAUAAGGAUCUUUACUAAAGUAAAAUAAAUUAAGUAUUUUGUUUGUUUACGUAUACAGAGUAUAUUUUGUGCCACAUUAUACAACUGUAAACUUGUACAUACAAUAGAAAAUAUUAGCAAAUUAUGUAAAGUUAUUUUAUUAAUUGGUCUUGAGGUAAGUGUUAUUUACUUACUACAAGCAAGCAGUUCAAUUACCUUGGAAUAAAUGUUAUUUUUAUGUAAA